AUGGUGUCCGGAUCAGGGGUAUGCGCGAAAAGAGUGGUGGUGGAUGCCCGCCACCACAUGCUGGGAAGGUUGGCUUCAAUCGUGGCGAAGGAGCUGCUCAAUGGCCAAAAAGUAGUGGUAGUCAGAUGUGAGGAAAUUUGCAUGUCAGGCGGACUCGUUCGCCAGAAGAUGAAGUACAUGAGAUUCCUCCGCAAACGCAUGAACACCAAGCCUUCACAUGGUCCCAUUCACUUCCGUGCCCCGGCCAAGAUCUUCUGGCGCACCGUUCGUGGAAUGAUACCACAUAAGACUAAGCGUGGAGCAGCUGCUCUUGCUCGUUUGAAGGCUUAUGAGGGUAUUCCUAGUCCAUAUGAUAAGAUUAAGAGGAUGGUCAUCCCUGAUGCUCUUAAGGUCUUGAGGCUUCAGAAGGGGCACAAGUACUGCUUGUUGGGCCGCUUGUCAUCAGAGGUUGGAUGGAACCAUUACGACACCAUCAGGGAGCUGGAGAAGAAGAGGAAGGAGAGGGCUCAGGUUGCAUAUGAGAGGAAAAAGCAGCUGAACAAGCUUAGGAUAAAGGCUGAGACAGCUGCGGAGGAGAAACUUGGCUCUCAACUAGACAUCCUUGCCCCUGUUAAGUACUGAAUUUCUAGUGGCUAGCUAGUUUCCUACAAUUUUGUUAAGGUUAGUUGUAUGGUUUUGGUUUCUGUUUUAUUCUGUUCUGAGAUUUGGAGGCUGGAAAUUUGUUGAAUCUUGAGUUGUCCUGUUUCUUAUUUUGGCCAUAGGAUUCUUUGAAUAUAUUUCAGAUAUGCACUAUCAUGGUUUCAUGCAUUAACCACUUAAUGUUGUGUUUGCUAUUCAAAUUUAUAUGCUGUGAACAUUGAUAUGGAUGUGUACGGGUUCAUUGCAAUACCGAGUUUGAAAAAAAACCAUAGGCAGUAUAUAAAUCAUGGUUUGUUAUCAAUUUCCGGUUCCUAAGGAGUGCAAUGUUGCUGUGCAGUCUGUGCUGGUCUAAAUUCGAUUUUCCCUUCCUAAACGAUCACUCCCUGGCACUUGCCAGGAGUUGGGAAAUCAGACACCGAAACUGGAGUAUUGUUGUGGUGAAAGAAAGGGAAACUAACUUUAAAAAAAGCUAAAUUAUAGUUUAAUAACAGUUCACAAAUCUUUUCAAUUCUGCUAUACAGAUUUAACAGGUGCAAACGUGACAGAAUUUCCUUAUUUUGUGAGAACAGAUCUCUGAAUCAAAGACGUACUCUGAUGAGAAAACUCAAGUGGAAAGCUUUUGCUUAUUUGAUCCCAGACUUAGAAGAAAUUAGUUGACAUUUUUGUAAGGAAAAAUUGAUGGUAGAAGUUCUUGAAAGCACUGUUCCUUUACAGUCUCAUUACAAAUAUCAUAUUGAAAUGUCAAUUGUUAAGGUUGAUAUUUCCUUUAUGUGACAUCUGAAUAAAUUCAAUUUUAGGAACCAAAUUAGACUAGAACGGCUGCAAAUUGCUAAUGAAAAAAGCUUAUAAAAUCAAUGGUAGACAGAAUUACAGAAUGUUUUAUAAAGGAAGAAGAUUCUCAUCCAGUUCAUUCAUUGCCUUUCGUCUUUGCUUUAUCCUCUUCUCAUUGCUGUCAUGAACCUUAUAUAGUCAUACUGUGCACGAAGUUUAAGUCGGUUAUCAUGUCUGAUUUCAUAUCUACCUUUAGCUCAGACAUUUUUUUGCAUGUGCAUCGCUAAAAUCUUGGUAAAUAAAAUAUCUAUCAUUAGUUUAGUGCUCUCAGAGGUUUUGUUGGAAGAAAAAGUCUUGUUGAUACAGUGAUGUUAGUUCAAGAAAAUAGAAAUAGUUAAAGCUACCACAAGAACCUUUAGCAAAUAGAUCAUAAGCCUAAGUAGGAUGCUUAUUAGAAACUGGAAUUUGGAGCAAGAUAUGCUUGUCUAAAGAUUACUUCUUUUGCCAACAGUCAUGUGUAAAGUGUUGGAUUUUUAUUUCCAAUAAAAAAAAAUUGAUAAUUUAAAUGCAAAAAAAAAAGAAGACCUUUUUGUUGUUAUUAUGUCUGUUCAAUUAAAUGUGCUUGAUAGUGCAGAUGUUUUCAUUCUAAUAGAUUUGCAUAUUUCUUUGAAUGAAUAAAGUAUCAUUUAUUCAAAAAAAAAGUUCAAAUAAGGACUAGUAUAAAAAUCAGAGUACCUGUAUAUGAUUCUCUUCCUACAGGAGGAAUUAAGAUUUGGGUCAGCAAGUUGCCAAAAGUAACAUCUAAAAUAAUCUCAUCCUAUACAUCAAAGGACCUUCUUUUACUCCUCUUUUUUCCAAACAAGUAAUGCAAUACCUGAGCAGUCUUCUGUUGGUUUCAUGCAUUGCCCCCAUUUUGACAUGCAAGAUGUUACAUUUUUGUUUAAAAUUUUACGGAUUAUGGGGAACUGAAAACAUGAAUAUCUUGGUAAUGAAAUUUGCUCUGGCGGGAAAGAAAGGACAAAAGGCUUCGUCACCCUGGACCCCAAGUGCCAAACCUGGGAAGUCCGGGGUUGAAGUCUUAAAAUCUUUCAUUGGUAUCACAAAGUUACUAUUUUUUUUCUCCUGUUUGAUUCAACUUGUUCAGUUAAGUAGGUUGACUUUUUUGUUUAUCAUGUUCUGAUAAGACGAUCAACUCUCAACCUGAAAAUUGUUAAUUGGAAAGUUCAUCCAUUGAUCAGAUUCUAAUCAUAUUCAAGCUCGAUAAAAUGACCCUUUUGGCUAUUGCAACAAUAAUCUGUCUUUGCCAGCGAAGCCUUCUUCAAAUAUUAAAGAAUUCUAAUUAACAAUUGUUUUAUUGAUCUGAUGUUGUAUGUUGAGAACUUAAAAGUAGGGGUAAAAACAGACAGCGUCGACAGCAGG